AAUUUCCCAACGAGGAGCAUCGCCACUUCAUAAACAUCUUUCAAGCAGUCAUAAUGUGGAUCCUUCGAAGAGUCCAAGAGAGUGCUGAGAGCUUUCCGGCAGAGAUCAGUCGGCUGGUCAGCAAAAAUUCUGAGGAGAUCUCAGCAAAGGCAAACCUUCUCAACAAACUCCACAACAAUGUACUGACACCAGACAAAAUCCCUGAUUUCUUCUUGCCUCCCAGGCUGAGCAGGCGCUCUCUUGUAUCAGCGGAGGGUCCCGUUUCUGAACGCCUUGGUGAAAAGCAGCCCGACUGCGGUCAGAACUCUCAGUCAAAACCUGAUAUGACCACAGUCAAGGCAGAUAUGAACAAGGGCGCUGUAGUGGGCCUAAGGGGUCCAACACCAGUUCCAUUUUCACUGAAGAGCUACGAGUCUGGUCUGUUUGAAAGUCCUAACACACGGCGUAAGGAGUCUCUCUUUCACUCAGCUUUCACCCGCUACAAACUGGAGCGAGUGACCCCAAGGGCGGCACCAGAGCUGCCCUCUAUUACACUGCUGAAGGCGGGCAGCAUGGAGAGUGACUCUUCUUCUUCAGCAGACUCCUCCCCUCACAAUUCACCACCUCCCUCCUGGCCAGUCAGACGUAAAUGGGACAUAAUGGCAUCACUGUCCCGUUCUGCAUCCAAAGAAUCACUUCAUAAGGAAGGUCCGUUGAGCUUCAGAAACACAGAUAAAGUCCAAACCGAAAAGGCAACCCCAACAAAAGCCAGUCACAAUGGAACAGCCCAGCACCUUAAUUGUUUGACCCUGACCCCACCCCUUCAGUGCCCACUAGACAUGUUACACUGUCAGGAACGCCUCCACAGCGAGCACAUCCUGCUCCUCCCCAACAGAGGGCGUAUCCGUCUAUCAGCAUCCCACUCCGACACCACCGGGGAUCUGUCCACGGUCCGCAUUCGGGUGGUCUCUGUGGAGGGCCUACGCGAGCCCAGUGACCUCCGAGCCCUUCACUGCGGCCUAACCUUGAGUCUGACCCCUGGCAAGCUGCAGCGACAGCACAGUGCCACCAUCAGGAACUGCCGAAAUCCUGUAUUUAAUGAGGAUUUCUUCUUCACGGAGCCUGAGGGAGAGGAGGGGGGUCUGCGGGAGCUGGCUCUCAGGGUGAAGGUGCUGGACAAAGCCUCUGGCCUGGGGAGGGCUGCAGUGCUGGGGGUCAUUGUCAAACCUCUCUCUGAACUACUACCAGUGCGAGAGAAUCAUUUACAGAGAGAAAGAUCUGGACUACCAGAUCCAGAUUAAGCCUAAAUCUAGAUUACAUAGGGUUUUUAAUGGUAAAACAACAAUGUUGUUGCAGUUUAGUUCAAGGCUAAGCUUUACAGAAAUCAACUGGUUCACUGACUGUGAUUGUUAAUUGUUGUAUAAUUUAGGUCCUUUUCUUCAUCCAUUCCUAUUGUGUAAGAUUAAAUGAAGUAAUCUGGAAGAGAUGCUUAGAUUUCUACUGGAUUGAAAGUGCCAUGAACAUAACUGUUUUAUUAUCAUUAUUAGUUGUAACAAUUAAAACAUAAUAUCUCUUUUUUUGGUGCAGGUGCAAAUAAUGAGGACAAAUAGAACUAAAAUAACGAGGGAAGAAAUAAUCAUAGCUCAAGCAUUUAUCAUUAUUUCUCUGUUAUUGAGAAGAGCAUAAUACAAUAAAAAAGA